GUGGAACUGAGUAAACUUGAUCACUUCUGCAACUACAGCAUAGAAGUUCGAGCCUUCACAAGUAAAGGUGAUGGUGUGGGCAGCCAACCUAUCAUCUGUGCAACACAAGAGGAUGGUAUGACACAUUACCAGGUGAACCGGAAAAUAUGAAGGUAUUGGUGGCAGACUUAAGAACAAUGCUUGUCUCGUGGUUACCACCACUAUACCCUAAUGGAAAAAUCAAGCAGUACAGAAUAUACAUGAGAUCAUUAGAUGGAAUGACUCUGGACACAGAUCAAUUUGAUAUUCCCAGUGAGCAGACAAACUAUACUAUUUCAUACUUGGAGACGCACAACCGAUAUGAGUUCUGGGUAACAGCCUUCACAGCAGUAGGAGAAGGAGCAGAAUCAAGGCAUGUGGUGCAAGCAACAACUGACCAUGCCCCAGCACAAAUUGCUCCAUUUAGCCAGCAUGUUGUUGGAGUUCUACAUGAAGAUUUAAAACUGUCAUGUCUGGCUGUUGGUCAGCCUGCUCCACAAUACUAUUGGAGGAAGAAUGGGAAUUCGAUACAAGAAGACAGCCGUCUCCAGAUUAUCCAGGGAAAGCUGCUUGUCAUCAGUCCCCUUGAAAGAGCUGAUGCUGGGAAUUACUCCUGUUUAGCAGAAAACAUAUUUGGGAGAGACCAAAUUGCCUAUUUUGUUACAAUCCAUGAGAGUCAAACUAAAGGAAUUCCACUUGUACCAAGCGAGAUACAAAUAUCUUCAACAACUGCAUCAAGCAUUGCACUUCAGUGGCAGCUUCCACCAGAUGCUGGCCAUGUUCUUGAAGGUCUCUAUCUCUACCACAAGAGAGAAUUUGGCGAAUGGGAAAAGACAAAAUUAAGAGCUCAAGACUCCAGUUUCAUCCUCAAUAACCUGCAGUGUGGCACAAAGUAUUACUUCUACUUACAAACAUUUAAUCAACUAGGGCAAAGUGAACCAACUUCUACAAUUACUGCAUGCACACAAGGUUCAGCACCAGUUGCUCCUAAAAAUUCCGAUCUCAUAAAAGUUAAUUCCAGUUUCAUAUUGUUAAAUUUAACAUCAUGGGAUGAUGGUGGUUGCCACAUAACGUCUAUUGUGAUUGAAUACAAAGUAAAGGAUGAAACCAUGUGGACACUUGUAUCAAACAAUGUCAAAACAGAGCAACUUCAAUUUAUUGUCCUGGAUUUAAAUCCAGGAACUUGGUAUAAUUUACGAGUUACAGCUCAUAACAGUGCUGGCUCAACUGUGGAACACUAUGACUUUGUUACCCUCACACAUUUAGGAGCUACAGUAGCUCCAGAACUCAUAGUAUAUUAUGGAUAUGGAAGAAAACCUUUUUAUAGUGAGAUAGCAGUAAUAGUUCCUGCUGCCACUGGGAUUACAAUUACAAUUGCUGCUGCUGCUAUCCUAUUCGCCUACUUGAAGAAAAGUCAUACCAUAAUGUCUUCUAAUACAUACAGAGAUAAACAUGAAGAUCCUGAGCAGCUGUCAGACUUGGGCAAGAAAGUGUUGCAGGACAGAGCUGACAGCUCAGACUGUGGAAAAAUGUCUCCAAGCUUGCAAGAACCAGUCUACCUGCCGACUCCAGUGCGCGUCUCUCUGGGAUACAGGCAGGACAUCAGUCCCUAUGCCACCUUCCAGGUUCCAGCACCUGGAGGUCCUGAGUGUUCUGACUGUGAAGAGGAUUUAGAGCCACAUGACCGGAAUCAUAAGCUUGCAGACAAGGAUGGAAGCAGCACAGAUUCAACAUACUCCAAAAUUCACAGGAAACUUCAACAUGGAAACGAAACACCUGAGUGGAUACCCUUACAUAAUUUGUACCAAGCACAUAGGUAUUAAUAACACCUGCAACUUUUCAGGUAGCCAAUAUCAAGUGUUGUGGAGAAAGUUUUCAGUGUAAGCGAGAUGUUAACAGACAGUGGUAAAGAUGAUGAAGCAAGUUAAACUUACCAAGUGCCUUUUGACUAAAGAAAACACUAUUUAUUAGCUCCAGUGUAAAUGUCAGUUUUUAUACAUUUAUAUAAAUGAUUUCAUGUUUCAAAGAGAAGCUGAUUGUAUUCACAUGUGACAA